CUACGCUUCUACAAAACCGGUCUUGCAACGAAAAUUCAAAAAUUCGUUAUAUUUUUUAUGGCUUCUCAAACGAGGGGAGGAAUUUAGAGAACGGCGUCCGCUAGGGGUUGCUUGGUUUGUUCGGUCGCUUCGCGCCUGCGCGCGUAGUUCGCGCCACUGCUACGUCGCUUGCAAGCCAGAUGUUCUGAAAAGCUUCCUGUCGUCGUUUCACAGCUCUGCAAUUUCAUCUAUUAAAAUAUAAAAUGUGGACUAGGGUUAUCAUUUUGUUUUCAAUUAUUAGUGGUAUAUUAAGUGUGUAAAUGAAUAUGUGUUUUAUAAAGUGUGACGAUUAACUGAAAGUUAUCGGGCGUCUCGAUAUCCACGAGUUCACUCGAGACCAACAAAGCGGCGGACAUUUUAUUUUGAGUACUCGAUAAUGUAGCGUUUGCGUCGAAAACAUUAAAUGUCGUUUUAUGGUUCUGUAUUCGGAUAUCGUUCGCUUACACCUUUUCGAUGCCGAGGGGGGUGAAGCGAGGGCAGGCGGAGGGCGAAGCUGAGGUGGUGGUCCGCGUCGGGGCGUCUCCGUCGCAAACCACGCUCCUAGAUGACAGCCCGAGCCAGCCCAUCAGCUAUCACCUGCUCGACCACGGCUAUGGCGCCACGCCGCAGCAUCAGAUACGGCGGGAGGCGCCCACCGCACCGCCGAAGACUUCUGAGGCGGUGAAAAGACGACUGAACCUCAGCGAGAGCAGUUCAGGUAGUCAGGGGCAUGUGGUGCCGAUGAAGGCGGACUUCAAGACGCCCAAACAGAAACGGGUGAAGGUUCUCACUCCAUACAGCCGACCGUCCAGUUCUAUGAAAAAAUACACAGAACGCUCCAGGUUUGACACAUCACUAGGUUUAUUAACAAAAAAGUUCGUCGCACUGCUCAAGUCAUCACCUAACGGUGUCUUAGAUCUCAACGUCGCGGCGGAACACCUUUCGGUACAAAAACGUCGUAUCUACGACAUUACCAAUGUGCUCGAGGGUAUAGGGAUAUUAGAAAAGAGAUCGAAAAAUAAUAUACAAUGGAAAUGCGGCAUCGGCGCGGACGGCGUCGGUGAGGAGAACCGCGUGCGGCGGCUGCGGCGCGAGGUGGAGGCGCUCGGCGUGCGCGAGGCGAAGGUGUGCCGCGCGCUCGCCGCCGCCGAGCACGCGCUGGCCCGGCUCUCGGCGGAGCACGGCCAGCGGGCCUACAUCACGUACGCGGACCUGCGCUCGAUCAAGGACUUUAGGAAUCAGACGGUGAUACCGAUCAAGGCGCCGCCUGAUACGAGGCUCAGUGUACCACACCCAGAUGAGAAGGGCUACAUGAUCCAUCUGAAGUCUUUAUCUGGUGAGAUUGAAGUGUACCUCUGUCCUAAAGAACGGCCAGCAUCACCACCUCCUUCGGCCCUGUUACCAUCGGACCCGCUGCUCGAGGACAACAAGGCGUUGCUGGCGCCGCUCAUAGCACAGCUACAGGCGUUGCCUUCUAGCUCUAUAAACGCCAGUUUUACGACACCAAUAAAGCGUGAGCCGGAGGAGGAAACGCAGGUGGAGGUGGAGGUGGAGGUGGAGGCGGCGUGCGGCGCGCUCGUGGUGCAGUCGCCGUGCGUGACCGACCCCACGCUACCGCUGCACGCCGCGCCCGUGGCCCCGCACCCGCCGCACCCGCCGCACCCGCCGCCCACGCCGCCGCCGCAUGACACCGGUGGUGCACGUGGUCGGCUACGCAACGCACUGAUAGCGGACAGCGACGACUUCGCGCCCAUCAUGGGCGGCGGCCGCUUCCAGCUGCAGACGGAGGAUCAGGAGGCCGAGCCGCUGGAGCUGGAGCCGUUCCUGGCGCUGGAGCCGCCGAUGUCGGCCACCGACUACGGGUUCUGUCUCGACCACGACGAGGGGCUCUCCGAACUGUUCGACUUCGAGUUCUAGUGCUAGUUGCUGGGCCCAGACACUCGCCCGACGUUCACUUUCUACUUUUCUACACUUGUCGUUUGUAAAUGAAGGAGUACCUCAAUCAAAAUCAACGAGUUUUACGUUUGACUCGCGUGGGAAUGUAAACGAUUAACGCACACGUUGGAGGUCGAGCAUGGCGUAGACGGUGUGGGCGGCACGCUAUAGUAAUAAUUGUUAGUGAAGAUUGAUGUAAAUAAUAUUUUUGUAUAGCCUACGUUGUAAAAAUGACCAGGUGGAUGUGGCGGUAGUUUUAGUUACGCAAGUGAACACGCUGUAUAGGAUAAUGGAGAUUCAUCAUCAAAUAAGUGUAAUUUCUCGGCGUCGAGAAACGGAGUAAUCAGUGUAUAUACUUUUGUAACACUUUCCAGAUUUUUCUAGAAAUAUAUCUGGUACGUACACAAGCGCCCAUGCCAGCUACGGGGUGUUUAUAUUCCCACAGAGUCGAAAGGUUCGGUUCGCGGCCGCAAUGUACAUAUUCUCGCUCAAAUCACUGGGAGGCCGCGGCUGAGCGUGUACAUAUUAAAUGUAAUGAACGGUGAUAUCUUAGCGGCCUUCGAUUUUACUUGUAAAGCUAGAUCUUAGUACCCAGUUACAGUGCUAUUGGUGGCUGAAAGGUUUGCGCCGCGGUAACGGCUGUGGGACGCGCUGAGCGUGCAUGGUAAGCUUUAUUUGCUUUGUUCAAACAUAUUUCAGAUGGUCGUUUAGAGAAAAUGAUAUACUUAGAAGAUUUUUAAAAUAUAUUUAUUGUUUUUUGUUAUUUUUCAUGGUGAUAACAAUCAUUGUUAUAUAAAAUCAAGCUCAGUUGCUCUUUUAUUAGAUACUUACGAUCCUUAUAUUCUGAGCAUUAUAAACACCAUAUCAUGGAACACAUAAUCAAAAUUAACACACAUAAUCACAAUUAUACGUUAUAAUCACAAUAUGUGCGUCCUACAGCAGUACAACCGCGGGCGGAUGUCGUUUGCCAAAUAUUUAGUUCGUAACAUUAUUUUGACGUUAUUUAAGCUUCACGUUUAGUUGUCAUUGUAAAUACGCCCCGCGGGCACGGAGACGUCGCGGCAAUGUUAUUUCAAGUAUAAUUUGUAAAGUACAAAAACUGUUUAAAAAUUGAAACCGUCUCAAUCGUAAUGUAAGUACAUUGCAGUGAUGUUGCGAAGAUUCAUAAGUUGGGGAAACGUUUGGUUCUAAUAAAAAAUUCUAGAUAAUUCAUGUAUUGUUAGCUUCAUGUCAUAGUGUCCAAAAUUUCAUAUCAAACGUGUUGUAUACUGUUGUUGAGUUUGGUUGCUAUCCUACAUCAAUACCAACGUAAGAGUUGUCUCUGAACUACAUAAUCGAUUGCAAAUUUAAUUUUUAACAUAAUGUACUAGAUUUUCUUUUGAAACAUAGAUGCAAGGAGAUUGUUAAAAUCAAUACUAAUAUUAUAAAUGCGAAAGUAACUCUGUCUGUCUGUCUGUUACUCAAUCACGCCUAAACUACUGAACCAAUUUGCAUGAAAUUUGGUAUG